UGUUCAAAAUGUCCGACAGCGAGGACGCAAACAACGUGGUCCCCGUUUUGAAGAAGACCAAACUAUCAGAGAAUGGUUUACCAAAUGACAAUUCUGGUGAUGAAAAUGAUGCCGAGGAAGCUCAGAGCACUGCCAGUACCUCUACGCUAGAUGACAGUGCAUCAAGAUCUGACACACCAACAACAAUUGGCAGGAGGUACCCCAGAGGCAAGUGGAAAAACAAGAAAUGCAAACUGCAGUACAAAUGUGCAAACUUUGUGAAGGAAGACCACGGUCAGCCUCUGUUCGGUGUACAGUUCAACACACACUGCCAGGAAGGAGAUGCCCAGAUCUUUGCUACUGUUGGUAGUAGUCGAGUUACGGUCUACGAGAUUCAAGACGAUGGUGGAAUUAAAUUAUUACAGGGGUAUUGUGAUCCUGAUGCUGAUGAAAAUUAUUACACUUGUGCCUGGACAAUAGAGGAAAAUACUGGUGCUCCAUUGUUGGCUGUAGCAGGGUCAAGAGGCAUUAUCAGACUAAUCAGUCCUAUUAGCUUACAGUGUGUGAAGCACUAUGUUGGACAUGGCAAUGCAAUAAACGAAUUGAAGUUUCACCCACAUGAUCAGAAUCUUCUUCUGUCAGUCAGUAAAGACCAUUCUUUACGACUGUGGAAUAUCAAAACAGAUACAUGUGUUGCCAUAUUAGGAGGUAUUGAAGGACAUAGAGAUGAAGUACUUAGUGCUGACUUUGACUUGGAUGGAAAGAAAAUCAUUUCGUGUGGAAUGGACCAUUCUUUAAAAAUCUGGAAUUUGGAUACUGGUAGAAUACAAGAUGCUGUCAAGAGAUCAAACGAGUACAGCCACGGCAAAACGGAAGUGCCAUUUGCAUCGUUAUCUGUGCAUUACCCUGACUUUUCGACUCGUGAUAUUCAUCGUAACUACGUGGACUGUGUCAGAUGGUUGGGUAAUUUUGUCUUGUCUAAGUCUUGUGAAAAUUGUAUCAUGUGCUGGAAACCUGGCAGUAUAAAUGAUUCACUUGAUACGAUACGACCGGCUGAAACCAAUGUGACAGUUUUGCAUAAAUUUGACUACACUCAGUGCGAUAUCUGGUACAUGCGAUUCAGUAUGGACUACUGGCAAAAGAUCUUGGCAUUAGGAAAUCAAGUUGGCAAGACGUACAUAUGGGACAUUGACGUUGAUGAACCUUCUAAAGCAAGGUGUACAGUGUUAUCACAUGCUAAGUGCCAAUCUGCUAUCAGACAGACCAGUAUGACCAGAGAUGGCAACAUACUUAUAUGCGUAUGUGAUGACGCUACUGUAUGGAGAUGGGAUAGAAUAAGAUAACCUCCCUCGUUUAUAUAAUGGAAUAUGCCAUGGGACCAAACAAUGAAAUGUGGGAAGUUAGAUAAAGAUGACCUGCUCAUCCACAUAAUGGAAUGUGCCAUAGAAUUUGUGAACUGUUGGAAGAUAGGAGAAUAAAGAUGACUUCCCUCUUCACAUAAUGGAAUAUGCCUUAUGAUGAAUAAUGUAGUGUGGACAUGUGAAAAAAACAAUCUCAAUAUUCAGAUAAUGGAAUAUCACUCACCAUCACUAUAUGGUGAAUAGUUAAGAGAACAUCCUCUUUUGUAUAAUGGAAUAUUCCACAAACUCGCCAUUCAGAUAAUUUAAUGUCACUUACCAUCACUAUAUGGUGAAUUGUUUAAGGGAACAUCCCCUUUUGUAUAAUGGAAUAUCCCACAAACUCGCCAUUCAGAUAAUGUAAUAUCCCUUUUUGUAUAAUGGAAUAUUCCACAAACUUCCAUUCAGAUAAUGGAAUAUCACUUACCAUCACUCUAUGGUGAAUUGUUUAAGAGAACAUUUGGUAUAAUACCCAUUAUACCCUUUGGUAUAAUGGAAUAUUCCAAAAAACUAUAUAUAGAAAGAAUGAAAUCCUGGUGAAAAAAAUUCAAUCAUUGAAAUAGCCUUUUAGUAAACGAGGGACUGCUACAAGACGAGGUUUACCAGUAAUACCAAAGCCUUGAUGUCAAACCAGAUUUAUUGCACUGACAAAAAUAUAUGCAAAUACAUUUAUCUGAGUAAGAUGUAAAAUUUUUGCCACUGACAUCUACUAUGACUUCAAAUUCAGGAAUACAACUCUAUACCAGUCAAUCUAAUUAUUUUUAGCUCACCUGUCCAUGUACCCCAGUAGUUAAUUUGGAUUUCAAUCGAAUGACUGGAAUAA